AUGAAUAAUAUUUCCCCGAUUGCUCAAAAUAUAAUUGACAAACAAAUUACAAAUGUUGUCGGUCUUUUUGCUAAAAAAAGAAAACCAUUUAAAAGCACUGAAAAAAGAGAACUCUUCUUCAAUGACUUUGGGUGUGCCGUGUUUGUGAGCGUGUUCAUUGCCUCGCAGUACAGUCACCCCUUCUUCCUCAUCCUGGCCAGUGUGUGCGAGUUGUGCACGUUCGGCAUUCCCCUUGUCAGUCGAUUCAUUUCCUACAAAAAGACCAUUUGUGGGUGUGUGGGGAUAUUCCUCCUCAACAUUGCCAUCACUGUCCCCAAUUUCUAUUUCUGGGAGUUCAACCACCGCACACUGUCCUGCAUGGUCAUCAACUCGACCAUCCCCUACUACCGGACAUACUCCCUGGCCACGAAUGUGCCCCUCAUGGCUAUCCCCAUUAUUAUCCUCGUCCUCAACGUGGUCACCACUAUUUCCAUUCGGAGGACUGAAAAGGAAUACAAAACUCUCUCCGGCAGGGAAUAUAACUUCCCCGUCUCCACUAAAGUCAAUUUGACAAUUUCUGUAGUUUACAUUGUGACCUACAUUCCCUGCUCAAUCCUCUACAUUUUGGUCAAUUUUGUCAUUUCUUUCGACGCUGAGCAUUUUUUAAUUAUCAAUUCUGUCAAAGUCCUCUUUGAUAGUAUUUUGGGGACUUCGUAUUUUGCCUUGAAUCUCUUUCUACUCCUACAAAGUUCUCCGUCUUUUCGACAAGAUUUCAGAUUAUUCUUUAGUCGAAUAAAUUCCAAAUUUAGGCUACUCUCCUCGUUUUUUGUGGGGAGCAUAAAGGGGACUUCCCAAUCUGAAGACAAAAAGAGCUGAGAAAAUAAU